GAAAGCAGCCUCGUGUCUCUGCAGGUGAUUCAUUGGUUGGAAACACAGACAKUGGGAGGAGCCUCAGCGCUGCUGUUUCUGCCGAGAGAGGCAGAGGGAGUGAGGAACAGACAGCAGAGCAGAAUAAAUGAACACAGAGGGGUUCUCCCGACAUCAACAGAAGUAACCGCUGAGGAGAUUUUAUUUUACUUUUUCAAUUGGACCAGCUUUUUGAAUUCAGCUAUCUGACGCACAGCCUUUGUCAUCUCAGCGUAGAGUUUUCUGCUGUGGUUUCCCUGCGACAGACCAGAAUGAAACUGACACAAGUCUAAGUGCAGAUGGAGAAGUGAUCUGAAYGGAGGAUGAAGCCUGAAAGCAGAGGAGAAAUGAUGCCUAAUCAUGCCCACAGUAUGUGCACGCAGCUCAUUAAACAAUGAGCCGGUGACUGAGUGGACUACCGAUUUAUAAACAUUUCCAAUCUGGAAAUUCUGCAUCUGCAGCAGAUGUUGAGGACAUAUCACACUUCGAUGGAGGCCUUUCAAGUUUAAGCUGGACCUGAAUUCCUUGAAAUUUGCUUGUUUUUGGCCUGUACCUGGGAACUGAAGAGUUUAACAAAAGAAAACCAUUAACUUUUCUCCUUAUUGGUUUUGACUGCACUGGUAUUGCAAUUGUGUCUGCAUUGAGUUCAAUCCCAGGGGACCUUCUAACCUUUAUCAGCCCUUUUCAUCUUUCCUGCCUUUCAAAAUGCUCCAUAAAGAUGCUUGUUUGGACUGAAACCCCACUACUUUUAAAGGCAGCCAGCUAUCRAACAAAAUAGUGGGUUUUUGGAUUUACCGUACCCUUAAAGGGCCCCCUCAUAUGCAUUGCAUCUCAAGAYCAUGAAUUCCUCCCUGGAUCCGCUGAACCAGAGCUCCACUGACUCGUCCACCUCUUCUGCUCCUUUCUGCUUACUUGAGAUAAGCUAUUCCCAAAUUAUCACCACCUGCCUCCUGGAAGUAUCACUCAUACUUCUCCUGACUGUUCUUAUUAUUUGUGGUAACUUGGUGGUGAUUUUUGUGUUUCACUGUGCCCCGUUGCUUAGUCAGCACACUACCAGUGCAUUCAUCCAGACUAUGGCAUAUGCAGAUCUGCUGGUGGGGGUCAGCUGCCUGUUCCCCUCGCUGUCGCUGCUCCAUCAACUCCAGGAUCUGGAUCAUAAACUCACCUGCCAGGUGUUUGGCUAUAUGGUGUCUGUUUUAAAGUCCGUUUCAAUGGUGUCUCUCGCUUGUGUGAGCGUAGACCGCUACAUCGCCAUCACCCGGCCCUUGACUUAUUCGUCGCUGGUAACGCCUUGUCGAGUGCGCUGCUGCAUCGUUCUGAUCUGGUUCUACUCUGCGUUGGUGUUCCUCCCGUCUUUUUUCGGAUGGGGCAAGCCUGGCUACCACGGCGAUGUGGUGGAGUGGUGCGCAGUGAAGUGGAGGACUAGUCCGUCGUUCACGUCUUUUAUUGUCGCGCUGCUCUACGCCCCGGCCGCUCUCACCRUCUGCUUCACCUACGCCAACAUCUUCAAGAUUUGCCGACAGCACACCCGCGAGAUCAGCGAGCGCCGUGCACGUUAUCGACCCCAGCAGCAGCAGGGCCCGGGAGUGACAGCAGGAUCUGCAGUCAAGGACACCGGCAGAGUGGAGCAAGGACAGUGUCCCCACACAUCCAACACGCACAAGCCUCAGCACCACCAAUUUCAUUAUCAGCCGUCCACGCCGACCUACCCAGACAAGCGAUACGCUAUGGUUUUGUUCCGCAUCACUAGUGUGUUCUACAUCCUGUGGUUGCCCUACAUCCUGUACUUUCUGCUGGAGAGCGGAGGGAUAUACCACCACCGAGCAGCCUCGUUUUUCACAACGUGGCUGGCCAUCAGCAACAGCUUUUGUAACUGUCUCAUCUACAGCCUCUCCAACUCUGCUUUCAGGAAGGGCCUGAAACGCCUCUGCUCCUUCUGCGUGCAGCGCAGCGGCGGAGGCUUUGGAGUUCAGAAAAAGCCUUUUGUUGGGUCCGUUGAAAAGAGUUGUGCCAGGCAAGGGUAUGGCUAUGGCCACAGGGAGGUGGGAGUGGGUUCAACGUGUCAUGUGUAGUUCAGAUGCAGAAAUACUGUUGUGGCAACGUUGAGCUUAGGGCAGAAAUGUCUGAAGGACUGCUUUAACUCCAGUGAGAYCUUCUAAGAAAUGGGUGAAGGCAUUGUUCUGACACUGCUGUUUCUGUUGCAAAUGACUCUCUGUACACAGCUGGAAAAGACAUGGAUCAGAGUCGAGACCAAAGCAGUGAAGAUGAAAAUGGCUUAUUAGUGCUUCAUAGUUCUUUAAUGAUCAUAGACACAUGGUGUAUUAUGUAUGAGKCUAACAGAUGAAGUGCUUUAGUAUGAAUAAGAGAAGAGUCUCUUUGUUGGAGUAAAGUGUUUAAUUGAGGUUGAACAAAAUUUUAAUUUACUGGCGUUCUUUUUUGGGAACUGAAUACUUAACUUAUUUUGCCAAAACAACAAAAUGAUACAAGAAAAGUUAUUUGUGCYGUAUGUGGAACAAUGUGACCUUCAUUGAUGGGACACUCCGUGUUGAGUGCAACAAAAAAAAAAUCUGUCUUAUCAGAACAAGUGGCUGCUGUAAUUGACUAAGAUUGUACUGAGGUGAACAUGUUGUGAUCUUACCUUGACGGAACUGAAUAGUUUCUGUUUCUGGUUAGAUUGACUAACUGAGCGGACAGAUGUUUAAAUCCAGAACACAAUGAAUGGAUUUAUUUUCAUUUGUUUGUAUUUAGAUAUUACUUAAUGAUAUUUUAAAAAUGAUAAAUGCUGUAAAUGUUUUUAACCAAAUUGUGGGUUUGCACGCUGCACCUAUUUGUAAUAUGACCCCUAUUUGGUGUACGACUGUUAGACUGACAAAAUGUAGCUUAAUGUUUUUUUUUUGUUAGUUUGUUUAGCAAUAUUUUAAAUUUUUUCUACUUUCAUUGCAAUUUUAUUUUUCGAUUAUGUAGCAUAAAUUCAACUCUCGAGUCUUGUCAAGAAAUGACAAAAUAUAUUUCAAACAAGAUUGUUGGUACAUCCAUUGAUUUCUUUUACUUAAAUGUAAAGAUGUUCGUUUAGAUAACUCUUUUUGAGUCUUGGUGGGAUUAGAUGAAGAAUAGCCUAAGCAAAAAAUAAAUAAAUAAAUAAAAAGAAGAAGAUUUGUGAUGUUAAAAUGAACAUUUAUAAAGUGUUUUAAACAUGUUUAAAGAAACAAUAGAAUCAAAACACUCCUGUGGUAAACUAACAUGUGUAACAUCAUGAAGAGGCAACUUGUUCACUAACUUUGUGUGAUGUGUUGUGUUUGUAGCAUGUGUGUGUGCGUGUUUACAGGGUUUGUAUUGUUAUUUAUUGCAAAAAACACUUAGCUCAAAUUAAUCUAAAAUAGCAGUCUAACAUUAAAAAUUGUAAAAGUAUAAUUAAUGGUAAAUUAGGUGCAGAUUUUUUAUAACUUUUCAACUUUUGUUUACAGUAAUGUGCCAAAGAAAGUUCAUAAUCUUGAAUUAAAACAAAAAUUCUUUCAGUUUUUCCUGUAGGUGUGUUUGAUGAACUUGAGUAGUUUUUACACAGAAGUUGUGUAAAGGGUCAAUUGCACUGUUUAGGAUUAGUGAAGCCUUAUGUGCAUGAAUAUAACUGYUUCUUUCAGUAUUUUGUAAUUUAUAGUUGCCUUGGUUUAAAAAAAAAAAUCAAACUGAAAAUUUUCCUACUUGUUUUUUCUUAAACAACAARCGAGGGCUCAGUUAGUCGGCACAUGACUGUUUUUAAAAAGCGCAGACUGAAAACUGAAUUCAAWGACAUAAAAGACCAACCAGCAAAAGGUUACUUGGAAACCUCUUUUAACUACUGUUUUUUCUGAGAAGGAAUAAAAACUAACUUUUUUCUUUAAAAGAUCAAACAUUAGAAUGAUGAAUCCUCACUUUAGUAAAAAUUAAACCAACCAGAAKUACAAGUAUAUUUAUGGUAUUUAUUUGUUUUUAUAUGCAUAGAGGGUACAAUGUUGCAAUUAAGCCCAGAUUUACCCAGCUGUCUGACUGUUCACUGUGCUCUGCUCUGUUUUUGUGAGUGUACUGUUUAAUAUGACUACAAUAACAUUUGAUAAAGGUUUUUUAGCUGUCAUUUGUAAACCUUUGCCAAAUAUUGUAAUCUUUUUUUAUCGAAACCAUCUUCUUUUCUCCUAUCAGAAUAAUAAUCACACAAAGAUUACGAGAGUACACGACAUUUCUUUUCUUUCUUUUUUCUCCUUCAUUUCUUUUUGUUCUCUUGUGAAGUCAUAAAUGUUGUGCUGUCUAGGCAUCUCUAGCAGCGCACUUUUCAACAGACAUGGCCGAGUUUUUUUCUCCUUUUACAUGAUUACGUGAUUCCGCUGUUUAUGYCGUUUUAGUUUGGAGAAACAGUUGGUGUUAAAUUUAAGUUUAAGACCAAAAACCUUUUCAUUACCGUGGUAAAUAAUUGUACAGCAACAGUGUAAGAUGUAAAACAAAGUGUUAUAAACAAAGAUGCCAAAAAAAGCUGAUUCUUUCUUCUUGGGAAGAAACAAUCAGCUUGGAUUUUCUGAAGGAAAUGACUGGAGGCUGUGAGGAAAUUCAGUGCCACGUUGAUUAGAACGGAUCUUGGGAAGAGGAAAUAUAGAUUUUCAAGUUGAUUUAGAAAAGUAUCUUUAGCUGAAAUGCAGCCAUUUCAUUGUUGAAAUAAAAUUGUUUGUGGUGAGAAAAUUGAGAAUGGAGGUCAAGCACAGCAGUGAAAGGAUAGUAAUUUAUAAGAUCAAAAAGCCACUUCUGUAUAAAAAGCUCAAAAUAAUGUAAAGUAAAUAAAAAACCCAAGUUUUUUUUACUUCAAUAAGUACUACUUUGAUUGUGUUUUCACUUAAUGUUUCUUUUUAAUACAAAGCUCGAGAUGAUUGCAAGCUAUGCAGAAAAUUUGUUUAUGUUGUUGCCUUUUUGGUUUAUUCCCUUUUCAUUGUUUUAAUCCAAGCCAAUAGCUUUAAGUGCAUCAUCAGUGUUUGGACCAGAAAUCAACUUAAAAAAAACAUUUACAUUAUGGACUGCAUAAGACUGAAAGUGUAGUUYCCUAGCUUAGUUUUUAUCUUUAUUUUUUUGUAUUUAAUAUUAAUUUUUUAUCUUUUUAUUUGAGCAACAAUUAAUUCUCUCGCAUCACACAAGAUAACACUGCCCAUUUUAACUAAACCCUGGUUUGAAAACGUUCCAAGCAAAAAAAGAAUAGUCUCUGCAUUUAGUUUUUUUUUUUUUACAAUAAAUGCAGAGAAUUUACUUAGUAAGCCAUGAGGCCUUGUAAGUUCGAGACUUUAGAAAUUAAAGCCAUCAUCAUGUUGAUCCCAACCAAACACGUCAUGGUUUAUGAGAAGAGUGUGUUUGACUUUAUGAUGAACUGCUUUUAAAAGACUGUGAAUGUCAAUCUGAAACAGUCAAAUAUGUUUAAUUGUGCUGUUUAUGAAAGAAAGCGAGACGUGGUGCUUUGUAAAUGAUAACGGUUUCGUAAAACUGCUUGUGGUGUAUCUGUGCUGAACAAAUAAAUGUGAUCAUAUCUCAGUGUGUGAAAAUGAUCUUGAAUAAAAUCCCUU